CAUCUUUCAAGCUUUCCGCAUCUUACUCGGAUCAAUAACAUUGAUCGACAGAGCACUUGUCCUUGACUCACCUUGCUCUAAAGCCCUCCAAGGAACCGAACAUUACACCAGCAGACCACCAUGUCGACAGUAUUCUGCUACAAUUGCGGAAACGGCCCGCUCAAUGCCGCCAUCAACGCAGCAUGUCCUAGUUGCCAACAUAUUGGUUCAAACCACGCAUACACGGCAGGAAUAGGUGCUACCUCAAGCAAUGAGUACACCAGCGCCGGCAGCGGUUCUUUUACCGAAAGGCCUGAGCGCGAGCCGGUUUACCGCUGGGUGUGCUGUUUCUGCCACAGUAGUAAUAGCUACAACGUGGACGUUGGCUGCCCACGUUGCAAUAACCACUGGAGGCAGGGCUGCUGCCAGGUGUUUGAUGCGAACGCAAAGCGCUAGUGUGGAGAGGAUCGAUACUGGAAGCGUUGAGAUGGGUAUAUUGGCAUGGCUAGAUUGAUAUGGCGUCCUGGCGUCCUUUGGCGGUCGGUGUACUCGUGGGAAUUUAUGGCGAGUUUGCUUUUAUCGUAUGUUUCCUUAGUACACAUCUAUCUUGAGUAUUUCCUUCUUUCUUUGUACUUUCACCUUCCCAGAUGUUCUCACAUGAUUGUACUAGCUUUUCAAGCUAAGGGAGUCUCAUGUCCUGUCAAGCAUAGCGCUGGCGCGCCAGUUUCAGCGUCUAAGUAUUGCAUGUCAUGUAGGUCUCUCGAUGCAUCGCAGUCCUCUGGGACAAGGAUGCUUAUUCCGUAGUCUGUACUAUUAGUCUAUCAAGUUCAAUUGAUUAUUAUCUCGCA